AUGUACGGUACCACUCUGCAAAAUAUCCUCCUGGGCUUCUCGGCCAUGGCAUCCCUCGCUGCGGCCGAAGAGGUCCUAGGCGUGUACAUCUUCCACCGCCACGGCGAUAGGACGGCCAAGGCUUGGAAGCCGGUGAACCUAACGUCCCUGGGAGCGGACCAGGUGCACGCGUCGGGGGCGCACUACCACGACAGGUACGUGUCGUCGCAGUCGGACCUGAAGAUCCAGGGGCUCAGCUCGGACGUGGCUGUGCUCUCGCAGCUGUCGGUGGUGUCGGCCGACGACGCGGUCCUGUACGGCUCGGCCCUGACCUUCAUGCAGGGUCUGUACCCGCCGACGGGGCACAGCGAGGAGCUCGCCAACGGGACCUCGGUGGAGGGCCCGCUGGGCGGGUACCAGUACAUACCCGUGGAGGUGGCCUCGGACGCGGCGUCGGGCUCCAAGGCGGAGAGCAACACGUGGCUGCAGGGCUCGAGUGGCUGCUCCAAGGCGGAGAUCAGCUCCAACAGCUUCCUGUCGUCGGAGCUGUACGCGCGUGUCCGGGACGAGUCGGCGUCCUUCUUCGAGAGCCUGCAUCCGGUGGUGGCGUCGACUUUCUCCGAGGACGACAUGAGCUUCGAGAACGCCUACGACAUCUAUGACCUCGUCAACGUGGCCACCAUCCACAAUUCGUCCGUCGCCCACGACGACCUGCUCACCGACGCCGCCCUGGGCCGCCUCUUCGGCUACGCCUCCGUCCAGCAGUGGAACCUGGCCUUCAACGAGUCCGAGGCCGUGCGCGCCAUCUCCGGCGCCGUCCUGGGCGGCCAGAUCCUCGAGGCCCUGCAGGCCGUCGUGGACGGCGAUGACGAUGCCGCCACCUUCAACGUCCAGUUCGGCUCCUACGGCACCUUCAUGUCCUUCUUCGGCCUCGCCCAGCUGCAGAAGGCCGACUCCGCCUUCGAGUCCAUCGUCGACUACGCCUCUUCUAUGGCCUUCGAGCUCGUCUCAAACGUUACCGAAAAUCCCACCGCCGACGACAUCAGCGUGCGCUUCGUAUUCGCCAACGGCACCUCCGCUCAGAACGAGCUCACCGAGUACCCCCUCUUCGGCCAGUCCGAGACCACGAUCUCCUGGGCUGACUUCAGGAAGGGCAUGUCCGAUUUUUCCAUCACCUCGGACGAGCAGUGGUGCAAGCAGUGCGGUAACUCGGACGGGCAGUGCUCCUCGCUGGCCUCUUCCUCGUCCUCCGACGAGUCCGGCUCUGGUUCCGGCGGUAGCAGCAACGGUAUUUCCAAGCCUGUUGCCGGUGUCAUUGGCGCUCUCGUAACGCUUGCCGUCGUUCUGGGCCUCGAGGCCGCCUUCAUGCUUAUUGGCGGCUUCACCCUCGUCAGGAAGUCAGCUCUGGCUGCUGUCUCUGCUGGUGCUGCGUCCAGCCAGGCUGCUGGAGAGGCCAAGGCGUAA